AUGGCUACCAUGAGAGCGUUUGUCACAGACGGGAAAGGCAGCGGAUCCGUCCAGUCUAUUCCCAUCCCAGCUCUGCACGAGGGAGAGGUUCUUGUCAAGAUCCAUUACGCAGCACUGAAUCCUGGAGACUGGAAGCUUGUUGAAGGCGAUGUGAUAGAUGGUCCAGCACCACCAGGUCUCAUAGCCGGCUGCGACUUCGCUGGCACUGUUGAAGAAGCCAAUGGCACACAUUGGGAGAAGGGACAGAGAGUUGGCGGCUGGGUCCAUGGAGCUACCUAUGAGAAUAUUGGCUCUUUUGCCGAGUUCAUAAAUAUUGAGGCAACACUUGUCUUUGCGGUUCCUGACAACGUCACUUUGCAACAGGCGUCAACAAUCUCGCUCGCUUUCGCAACUGCGACGCAGGCUAUGUAUCAGCAUCUAGGCCUCUUGGAUCUCAGCAAGUCUCAUGGAGCCCAAGAAGACUUCUUGAUAUACGGGGCGUCGACGAGUGUUGGUUUAUACGCCACCCAGUUGGGCAAGGUCAGUAACGCUCGGGUUAUUGCAGUGGCUUCCUCCAAGAAUCAUGAUCUUCUCAAGCGACUGGGAGCGAAUGUCACGGUAGACUACCGCGAUGAUGACUGGGUCGACCAGGUGAAGCACAUCACCCAAGGCAAGCUAAAGAAUGCCCUCGACAACAUCGCUGAUGGUGGUUCUUCGGAGAAGAUCGUUAGUGUCAUGGCGCGCAGCGAAGGAGCGAAGCUAAUAGCCCUUUCCCCUGUCAACAAAGAAUCACUUCGUGCCAUUAACCCCUACGUCAAGGCGGAGUCUAUGAUAGCUUUUACUGUCUUUGGAAGAGCAUUAGGAGAGGAAUACGCCAUGUUCGACAGCGCCGGCCCAGCGACGCCAAAUGAUAAGAGUGCUUGGGAGAGGGAACUGCAGUUAGUGAAUGAGAGGUUGGAACGAGGUGAUAUAGAGCCGAAUCCCGUUAGAGACGUGGGAACCCUUGAUGACGUUGUUGAAGCUUUUCGUCUUAGCAAAGAGGGAAAGCUCUCGGCUGAGAAGGCAGUUCUCAAGAUUACAAACGACAAAUAG